AUGCAUAAUAAAGGGGAAAAGGGCGCGUAUUGCAAAGCUGCCAACAGCCUUCACCCACAAAAAUGUUUCACUUACGCACUAUUCAUAGCACAUGACAUUUCGUUGACGACGGGAAAGAAAAAGGAAGAAGCGGCACGAACGAAGCGAACGACGAACAAUGCGAACGACGACCUCCUCCGCCAGUUGGCGAGGUGGAAUGCAACAAAUGUGGGAGGAGGCUCCAGAAAACGCACACGAACUGAACAAAGUCCAACCGGAAGUACCCCGGGCUGCUCCUGGCACACCCUCUUUCGCGUUCAAAAUUGGCUGCCGGCGGAAAAGGCGACGAGAAACGCCGCUUCCCAGGCAACGAAGCAAGAAAAAUGA